UGGAUCUGCUUUAAAUCACUCAGAAGACAACGCAAGCACAGCGCUACACAUCCUUCCAUUUCUUAAAUUAGCCACUUUCAGCUUCGCGAUACCGCCCCCAAUUUCAGUGUCGGUACGGAGCCGCCAGGCCGGGACAGAGACGGAGAGAGAUCCCUCGGCCAUGGAAGCGCCCGGACCCGGCCCGCCUGCUCCUCCCUCCCUCUUCCAGCCGCCGCGCCGGCCCGGCUUGGGGACGGUGGGGAAACCGAUUCGCCUUCUGGCCAAUCACUUCCAGGUGCAGAUCCCCAAGAUCGACGUCUACCACUAUGACAUCGACAUUAAGCCUGAGAAGCGGCCCCGCAGGGUCAACAGAGAGGUGGUGGACACAAUGGUGAGACAUUUUAAGAUGCAGAUCUUCGGGGACCGGCAGCCUGGAUACGAUGGCAAGAGGAACAUGUACACGGCACAUCCACUGCCCAUCGGGAGGGACCGGGUGGACCUGGAGGUGACGCUGCCAGGCGAGGGCAAGGAUCAGACCUUUAAGGUGUCUCUGCAGUGGGUGUCAGUGGUGAGUCUGCAGAUGCUCCUGGAAGCGCUGUCUGGCCAUCUCAACGAGGUCCCGGAAGACUCUGUUCAGGCUCUGGACGUGAUCACUCGGCACCUGCCCUCAAUGCGGUACACUCCAGUGGGCCGAUCCUUCUUUUCGCCGCCCGAGGGCUACUAUCACCCGCUGGGGGGAGGGAGGGAGGUGUGGUUCGGCUUUCACCAGUCGGUCCGUCCAGCGAUGUGGAACAUGAUGCUCAACAUAGAUGUGUCAGCGACAGCCUUCUACCGAGCCCAGCCUGUCAUUGAGUUCAUGUGUGAGGUUCUGGACAUUCAGAACAUCAACGAGCAAACCAAACCCCUCACAGAUUCACAGCGUGUCAAGUUCACCAAGGAGAUUCGAGUACGAUCACAGCGAACAUUGGGAUCUGAGUUGGCGCUGCCGCUGACCCAGAGAGAGCAGGUGUCAUAUAUAGGACUGAAAGUGGAGGUCACACACUGUGGGCAGAUGAAGAGGAAGUACCGUGUGUGUAACGUCACGCGCCGCCCAGCCAGCCAUCAGACAUUUCCUUUGCAGCUUGAGAACGGCCAGGCCAUGGAGUGCACCGUUGCCCAGUACUUCAAGCAAAAGUACAGCCUGCAGCUCAAAUACCCCCAUCUGCCCUGCCUCCAGGUGGGGCAGGAGCAGAAGCACACUUACCUGCCCCUCGAGGUUUGCAACAUAGUGGCAGGACAGCGCUGUAUAAAGAAACUCACAGAUAACCAGACCUCCACCAUGAUCAAGGCGACGGCCCGCUCGGCCCCAGACAGACAGGAGGAGAUCAGCAGACUGGUGAAAAGCAACAGCAUGGUGGGCGGACCCGACCCGUACCUGAAGGAGUUUGGGAUCGUGGUGCACAAUGACAUGACGGAGGUGACGGGGCGGGUCCUCCCAGCGCCCAUGCUCCAGUACGGGGGCCGGGUGAGUACUGACACCGGGAGGGACUGUAGCAGGGGACUCUCUCCUCAGAACAAGACGGUGGCCACGCCUAACCAGGGCGUCUGGGACAUGAGAGGAAAGCAGUUUUACGCGGGUAUCGAGAUCAAGGUCUGGGCCGUGGCCUGCUUCGCCCCGCAAAAACAGUGCCGAGAGGAUCUGCUCAAGAGUUUCACUGACCAGCUGCGCAAGAUCUCUAAAGAUGCAGGGAUGCCAAUCCAAGGCCAGCCUUGCUUCUGCAAAUACGCCCAGGGCGCAGACAGCGUGGAGCCGAUGUUCAAGCAUCUCAAGAUGUCUUAUGUGGGACUGCAGCUCAUUGUGGUCAUUCUGCCUGGGAAAACACCCGUCUAUG